CAACCAGCAAUCAAAGUCAUGGCGAAGAACAUUGGUAAUGGUGCUGACAAGGCAACAUCGGAACAAGCUGGCAACCUGGCUGGCCAGUUUCCGGUAUGUAUUGGUGCUCGUCUCAUGCUAACCCAUAAUAUCUGGCAACCAGCAGGCCUAGUCAAUGGCGCCCGAGGAACAGUAUAUGACAUCGGUUGGGCCCCUGGUGCUGAUGCACAUCGUGACCCGCCAUGUGUCAUCAUGAUGGUGAUGGAUAAGUAUGCCGGGCCGUCAUAUUCAACCACAGACGACGGGCGCGAGGUAGUACCCAUACUCCCAGUAAAGCGAGACUUCUUUCUGGGGACAUCCGCGUGUACACGAAAGCAGUUCCCACUUCUG